UUCUAUAGUUGCGAAAAUGCACAAAUUAAAAUCAGCCCAACGAGAGAAGGUGAAGCGGUUUACAGCGUGUACGAAUACAGGCGAACAUGGAGAAAAGAUUGCAAUCCAGUUGUUGUCGAGACACGACUGGAUUUUGGAUGCUGCAGUCGACAGCUACUACCAAGCUCCAGAAAGAACCACGAGACGAGAAUUGAAACCAUCAGUAGACAGAAAGAAACUGGAUCAGUUAUUUAAUAAAUAUAGAGAUACAAUUGAUGAGGAAGAAGAGAAAAUGAAAGCUGACGGCGUAGAGCGAUUCCUGAGUGAUGUUGGUCUUGAUCCGACAGGUCGUCUUGUCCUCAUAUUGGCGUGGAAGUUUAAGGCCGCGACGCAGUGUGAAUUCACGAGAGGUGAAUUUGUAAAUGGGAUGGCAGAUUUGGGCUGUGAUACAAUUGAUAAACUAAAGGUACGAUGUAAUUCAUUAGAAAACGAGAUCAAGGAUAGUACGAAAUACAAGGAGUUCUAUCACUUCACAUUUAAUUAUGCUCGAGACCCAGGGCAAAAAGGACUAGAUUUAGACAUGGCUGUUGCGUACUGGAACAUUGUUUUGGAAGGAAGAUUUAAGUUCUUAGAUUUAUGGUGCCAAUUUUUACUGACUCACCAUAAAAGAUCAAUUCCUAAAGACACGUGGAAUCUCCUCUUGGAUUUUAGUUUAAUGAUCGACGACGAAAUGAACAAUUAUGAUGAAGAAGGAGCCUGGCCUGUCCUAAUUGACGACUUCGUAGAAUACGCUCGACCUCUCGUACGGAAAAGUACUGCGGUUUAACAUCAGGAGUUGUGUUCCUUCGGUGAAAGUUGGACAAUAUGAAAUUGUAUUGCUGACAUAAUGUGUGAACUCCUCAUGGACGCUUUAAAGAUCUGCGAGCAGGAAUGUGGAGACUCGGCUGUUUGGAGGAGGAGUGAUUUUCGAAGAGCAGGAUUUUUGUAGAGGAUAUGGAAACCUUCUGAAAUCUAGAUUUGUUUGGUAUAAAGUUUGGCUCCAUGAAUGAUCAUAGAGUUUGUUUUUCUCUUGGUCUCUUGUCCUGUGUUGAUAUCGUGGACACCUACACCCCAACCCUUUUAAUCUGGGAAUGAAUUCAUCUCAUUUUUACCCGGAAUCUGCCUGAAGUUUUAAACCAGAUCUUUAAGUUUGUUUUUCUGAUGGUUUCUGAUUUCAUAUUGGUAUUGUGGACACCUACACUUCAGAAUCAGAGUAAAAAAUCAUCAAAUAUUUAUCUGAUUAGAAAAUUUUGUUGUGAGUCUUAGAAUUUCCACCUGUGGAUGUAUAAGAACUAAAUUUUUCCCAGGAUUUCUUUGAAAGUGCUGUUUGAUUUUUUAUGGGUCAAUUGCAUCCGUGAAGUUAAGCAACCAGCAAUGUAUUCAGCUGCAAAAUCUCAAGAAUUCGAAUUUUUCUUUGAUGUUUGGUUUAAAUAUAGUACGAAGAUGUGCUCAUUCUAUAUGUAUAGUACUUUAUUGUCUUUAAAGGAUCUGCAUAAUUCCAAUUUGUAUAUGCAUUGGUGAAUUGUGUCCACUCUUGAUAGUUGUCGCCAGAACAGUUCGUGAAGAAAUCAUUUUGAUUUCAUUUUGUAUGCAGCAAGUCUGUUCCCGUGACCGUGAGCAAAAGUUUAAAUAACUGGGCCUCAUGAUGUGACCUUGAGUCAAAGACAGUCAAGGUAUUGACCUAAGAACCAGGGAUAAUUGGAUCUAUCUGGACUUUUGGAUGACUAUCUUUGAGGGGUUGUUUCAAAAUAGUUGGAAAAGACAAAACAUCCAUUUCUUGGUGGAAAAAUUUAAUUUGUCAUGAGGUUACUUAUCGAUGAAUUGUGAGAAGAUUUUUGCAUUUAUCGUUUUUACUUUCAUUAGCUUAGAAUAGACUGGUUCCCUUUUGUUUCACUAGGGUGGGUAGACUCGGAAUGAACAGUUAACCAUGCAUAGAUCAGACUUGCAUAAAUUGUAUCCUCCUGUACAAUGGACAGGUCGUCCCAAGUCCAAGUUCCAAGUCUGUUGGUGAUACCUAGAACCGAUUUUCUGGUCCAGUUAAGUCAGAUAUGUGUCUAGUUAUCUGUACACUUGAAUAUUGAUGAUACCCUGCCAGAUGGCCUGUAGUGCAAAAUCCUUGAGUGACCAUAUUUAAAGGAGUUCAGUUAUUUGUAAAUUAUAGGGAGUCAAGAAAGUAAUGCUUGUGUUGUCCAUAUUGCAUUCAUCCUUUAAAAUCUUUUGUAACCACUUCAGUAGGGUGUGACAAAAAUUAUUUUGACAGCCCAUCUUGAAGAGAGGCAUAAAUCACUGCAUCUUUCCCUGUACUGCAACAUCAGUUGGGAGCUAUUGCUGACUUUUGGUGGCUGUACUAUUUCUCAAAUGUGACCGGUCAUAGCAAAACCAGACGCAUGUUGCUCCGAGCUUGGUAGGUUGAGACGGGCUGGUUGUUCAUUUCACUGUUGUCUGCCGUUUGUGAAAUCUGAGUACAUCAAUUUCUUCCUUGUGUCAUUUAGGCUCGUUUUCUGUGCGACAUGCGUCUCCUUCUGCUGUGACUGGUCACAAAUGAUAUCCUGGAAAUCCGAUCAAGAGCUGUGGCAAACCCCCCCCCUGCAGUGGAUCAGAAAUAGUGCUGUUGUCUAAAAAGAUGCAACUUCUCUGGUUUUACUGUAUGGCAUCGAGACAUCCAGUCUUUCAUGCCCUGAUGUUGUUGGCUGGAACAGUACUAACUCAACACCAAUGUUGACUUGUCCCUGGUUAGGAGACCAAAUACAGUGGAACCUCACCUGGUAGACCCCUGUUGGUGGAGACCAUCUUUAUCAAAGACAUUGGGUGAUAUGAAUAAAGACUAGCAAAUGCUUUUACCUCAAUUUUGUACAGAAAGGCCUAGUGUAAAUGUACAUGGAGUUUUAGAUAAAAGCAUUUGCUAGUCUUUAUUCAUAUCACCAAUGGAAUUCGGCCCAGAAUUGGGCAGUUCCAUUGAAUUUGACUUCUAUAAUCGGAUUAUAGAUGAACCUCUAGGAGUAGGACACUCUCUCUAUGAUGACACCGAUAUUGGGCAGUUUCAUUGAAAUGACACCACUUGACAUUUAUCAGUCCGUGGAGAUUAUUCAGUCAUUCGUGUGUAUUUUGUCUCCAAUACACUUCUUAUGGAUGAAGCACCCACUGCUAGUUGUGAUAAAGUAACCUCGCUUUGAAGGAUGAAGGCAAUAUGGAUACUUCACCAUUGGUUUGUUAUUCCAUGUUAUAUAGUGUUUGCAAGUAUUUGCAGAGAAACCUUGUAAAUAAGACAUUUUGAUAGCUUAUUUUGAGAGUUGACGUGGCAUGAGCAUCCCUUUCAAAAUACUGUGCUCAGUGCUAACAGGGUGACCUGCAACUGUUAGAAAAGCUAUCAAGCCUACCCUAGUUUUCUGACCCAGGUGGCCCACAAAUUGUUGCUUGUUGCAAGGUAGGCGUGAUAACCACACACCCAUUGCAGCGAAAGUCCGAGUUACUGAAAGAGCUUGAACUCAAUGGCAGAUAAAUGGAAAAGGGGCAAGGCUCGACAGUAUCCACAGCAUUUGGAAAGGGUUAAUUUCAUUGCCUGCUGCCCACACACCUCCCAUUCAGCUAACUUUGUAAAAAUGUAUUAAAAAUGAAUGAUUGAUAAUAAACUAUUGUAUCAUAUGAUCAAA